AAGACGUCUGUACAAGAAGGAUCGCGUGCCCAUCCCCGAGCUGUCGCGUAAGGCCAUGUCUGCUGCAAACUUCUACGCUGCCGCCAUUCGUUUGCCCAUUCCCGAACCCGCUGUCAAGUGACUGAGUGAGGCCAUUGCAACCCCACCACAGGCAAGCAUGUCGACGUUGAAAGUGGACGACCGUUCGCGGCGAGGCCGAUCUUCUUCAAGGUCUGGGAGAGACAGGUCGCGUUCAAGAAGCAACGUUCGAGCUCCAGAAGCCCCAGAUGUACCGCGUACGGGGUAUGCCUAUCCUCCGACCACUUCCUCAAUGCCUGGCUCAUUCAGCAACGGAGCCACAAACGCUGCCUACGACGUGAGAGCUCCAGCUCAAGCCAAUGGCUCAUACUAUCCAACCACGAGUGCGCCGUCUCAGUACGCACCUCCUAUCCCAGCUCCUUCGCAGUAUGCCCCACCUCAGAGCAUUCCAUACCCUAGUGAUGACGGCGGUUUCACCAUGGGCGGCUACACCGACUUCCCGCCAGAAGAACGCCCAGGAUACGUGCCGAGCCAAGGAGCCUAUAUGCCACCUCUGCCCAGAAGGAAAAGCGAUGAGGACGACUUAGCAUACGGGUCAGACUCGAGCAAAGCGUCAGCACUGCGAGGGCGAGGCCGCGAAGCUCCGUCACGGAACGCCUCAUAUGGCUCCAGUGCUGCUUAUCGCUACACCCCUAAUUCAGCUGUAGAUACACGACCUCAGGCCCAACAGUAUCAGUAUAGCCAGGCGCCCGACAAGAUCAAAUACAACGCCAAGCCCAACGGGUCACAAGCAACCACCUAUACUGCUACUCCACCUGAGCAAUACCGGCCGGAUGUAAGAUACAACUCAGGACCGACAAGUCGCCCAUACGACCAAUUACCAAGGACGUACUCGGAUGACUCUUAUGGAGACCACGGAGCGCAGGUAGUUGACAUCACCCCAGGCAGAGGGAAGAGCGACGGGAAGUCUUCCAAAUCCAAAUCGCAUCGUCAUUCGGCCAUUGACUUGCCGCCUCCACCACCAAUCGGCCUCGCCCCACAAGGCCUUGGGCCUCGAAUGGAUCGGCUCUCUGUGAGUGGCAACAGGCCUGACAUGUUAUCACUAGGUCUCGGAGGUGCUGUCGGGGGCGCCGUAGGAGGAGGCCUACCGCCACCGAGUCCCAUGCUUGAAGCGUAUCAUGGCACAUAUCAAUCGAUCUCUCCCAUGCCCCUCGCCAUCCGUCCAGAUGAUGACUUGGAUCUUGAUGACCUACCCCCUCUCUCCCCACCUGCCAUCCGGAGCUCUGGCUCAUCGCGUUUGGAAUCCGAUGCCUCGAGGCGCGACGCCCAAGGCAAGAAGCGGGUCAUCAUGUAUGAUCCGGAAGAAGACGCGAAGAAGAUCGCUUCUGCCUUGUCUCAUCGCUCUGGCAAAUUCGAUGCAGAUGCAAUUUGUGACGUGCUGCCGAGGCUUUCUCAUGAUCAGAUCAUGGAAGUGAGAAAAGAGUACAAGAAGCAAGUCAAAGUCCAGGGCAAAGGUGUCAAUAUGGGCAAACACAUCAACAUGAAGCUCACCGGCAACUUUGGGAAAGCAGUCUAUGUCUGUGCCAUGGGCAAAUUCGAGAGCGAAGGAUACUGGGCCAACUUCUUCUACCAAAGCCACGGAAGCCGGCGAGAACUGCUCAUUGAAGCAUUAAUGGGUCGCACGAAUGCCGAUAUUCGAAUGAUCAAGGACGAAUUCAAGGACAAGCGCUACUCGGACGACUUGGUAAAAUGCAUGGAAAAGGAACUGAAAAUGGACAAGUUCCGAUCUGCGGUGCUCAUGGUACUGGAAGCCAGAAGGCAAGAAGAACAAGACGUCUAUCCUGUGGAGUACGUGCACCGAGAUGUCGACACACUUUACCGGUCCAUUCAAGCCGAACGCGGAGGCGAGACAGCCAUGUUGGAAGUCAUUGUCCGACGCAGUGAUGCGCAUCUCCGGGAAGUACUGCGUGCGUACGAAAAGACCUUCGGUGACAAUUUCGCAAGGGCAGCUUUGAGGAAGAGCAAUAAUUUGGUCGGCGAAGUGAUUGCGCAUAUUCUGAACGGCGUCAUUAACCGACCAGCUCGUGACGCUCUGCUUUUGCAGCACGCUAUCAGGGAUAUCGCAGACAAGAAUCGGGACGAUGAGUUACGUUAUGAAUUGUUGAUCUCGCGAUUGGUGCGCAUGCAUUGGGAUCGAACACAUUUGAUGCGCGUGAAGAAGGAGUAUUACGAGAAGUAUCGCAUUACGUUGGAAGAUGCGAUUGAAGAUGCCACGAGAGGGGACUUUAGGGAGUUCAUGUGUGAUUUAUGUGAUACGAGGGGAACGAAGUAGAUGUGGUUAUGCUCACGUCAAGAAAUAAAUAAUCUAUCAUUAUGUGGAAAGCCUUUCCAGCGACUUUCCAGAUGCUGUAGUGGUCUAGGUCAAAUACCCC